UGAAGGCCCAGCUUGAUGCACUGGGACUCUAUGGCCAAGCUGGACAUAGCCAUAAAGGACACUGAGCUCAGGACCAUGGAGGCUGGCAGUGAGAAGCAGAGGCUGGAGGUCCUUGUGAUCCAGGCCAGCGAGGAACAGGAGAUCAAGAAGAGGGACGAGAAGUUGGCAGUGCUCAAGGAGGACAACCAGAAGAAGAAGGAUCAUCUGGCCCAGCUGCAGCAGAGAGCCAGCUUCAUCAAUACAACCAAGGAGAAACUGGACAAGCUCAUAGCAAUGCUGCAAGAGAUCCAGCAGGAAAAGUCAAAGGAGAAGGACAUCCAGGCAGCCAUCCAGAAGAGGGUCUCCCAAGUCACCGAACUUCAGGAGGAGAUCAAGGACCAAGAACAGAGUAAUCUGCAAUUAACUCAGCAGCUCACAGCCUCAGAAACCAAGCUGCAACACAUCCACCAGGCGUGGGACCUCAAGCAGGACAGCCUCAACAAAGAGAUCAAGGAGCAGAAACAGGUUCUCGAGGACCUGGAGCGCAACCAGACGGAGCAGGACAUUGUGUGCAAGGAAGUGAGUGAUGACGUGGCUGACCUGGACGGGCAGAUCAGACAGUCCAUGGAGGAGAUCCGGAACACCAACAUCAUGAUAAAGAACAACUACAAGCUUAUCCUCGAUGCUAUGGAGGAAGGCAACGUUGAGCUGAUGUCUGCCCUCACUGAGGCCACCAAGUGUGUGGAGGAGUUUAGGUCUGCAGAGUGACUCCAGUCCUCAGGCAGGCCAAGGCUUCAGAGGAUACCAGGCUGAGGAUCAAUGGGGAUUCAGUUCUUACUUCCGGACUUUA